AUGGAAACUGAGAGAGAUGGGGAGCCGAAGACUGAAGAAGAGAACACACUGGACAAGUCAAAACAGAAGCUGGAGGAGAAGGCCAGACUGUAUGAGCAGAUGACAAAUGGAGAUCUACUAGAUGAAGAAACUGAGAGCCUGUUCCUGGUGGAUUUUACACAGAAGAUUAUCGAUCAGAAGAGAGACGCAGCCAAGAGAACAGCAGUGAGGGAAUCUGCUGAGGAGGCGCUGCCAGACAGUGAGAUCCCACCUCCGGAGAACCCGGACCAGGAAUGGGUGGAUUAUGUCGAUUCACUGGGUCGAUCAAGGCGAUGCAUGAAGAAGGAUUUACCUGAGUUGCUAAAAAUGGACAAAAAACCUGCAUUUGAAAAGGUAACCGACAAGGGAAAGACCCUGCUGUCUGAAGACAUGCGUCGUGAGCUGCAGCGGCAGCAGUGGGAGGAGGAGGAGGAGGCGGCGCUGAAGAGGCCCAUCGGACCACUGCAUUACGAGGACAUCCGAGAUUCAGAGGCCCGGGAGCUUGGUGUUGGUUAUUUUGCCUUUGCUCAAGAUGAAGCACUCAGAUUUAAACAGAGGGAGACUCUGGACAUGUUGCAAGACCAGACCACUGAGCAAAGAGCCAAGCGAGAAAAGUUAAAGGGCAAGCAGAAAGCCAUGUUGGAUGCCAGACUUGCGAAAGUACGUCAGAGGAAGAUGAAGAAACUGAAAGUAGAUGGAGUAGAAGAGGAACUGGAUGUAGCAGACAAUGAAGGUAGCACAUUUCUAAACUGUAUAGCUCAGCUUAAAGUAAUCGUAGCUAACAUAAUCCUUUCAUUAAUCUUAAACAGAGAAUUCCGUUCAGAGUUUGCGCUUGGCCAGUGGACAAGUCAAUGCAGGGAUGAACGGGAGGCAGAGUUUGCUCCUCCUUCAGAAUACUUCAGCGACUAUAAGAAACCCAACCAGGGGAAAAGCUGGAUCAGGACCAGGCAAGGCUAUCCCCCCCAGGGCCCGGCAGCACAGAGUCCUGGAAGCACGCAAGCAUCAGCCUCCCAAACUCAUCCACCAGAGCAGCAGAGUCUCGACGACUUGCUGGCAUAUUACAAACACUCAGUAUAAACAGGUUCCCCUUCUACAAAACACAGUAAGAAAACCAGAACAAGAGAUAGGAAUCGGUCCAACAGGGCUCGUCCGGUUCCUAGCAACUGGUUGAUCUGGGCAGAUCGGUUGAUCCACCAGAAACAGGUUCAAAACUGCCGCUGUGGAGUCUUGGGAGAAAGGCUGUAGUUGUAAAUAAAGGCAGAGGCAAGUGGAUGAAGGUAAUUUAGGAACCUUUGCGAUUUCGUAUGUGUGCAAGCAAAAAUUACUUGAAAUGGCUUUUUCUGUCUUGAAAUGAUUGUCUUACAAUUGUACCUUCUAUAGCUGGUUAAAGUAUAACAGUGUAGAUUCAUGGUUCAUUGCCUGGAUUAGCGUGUCUUCACAGUAGAGACCAGUCUGCUACAGUACAUUAACACCUGAGUGCCUAUUUUGAAGCACAUUUUAAAUACAUUUUCAUGUAACAAAACAAGAAGAGAAAUAAAUGAACUGCUCCUAUCGGCAAGUAAGUUGGGUCUUGCAGUGUUUAUUUAUUUUUUAUUAUCUUAAACUGGUCUUGCUUUAAAAAAUGAGCCUUGGCGUGCUACAUACGGGCUGUCACUAGAGGGUGCCACCAGCUGCAGUUGUAAACAAUGGAAAACGCCAUUGGCAACACAAAAGGCUUUUCUGAUGUCUUUCCUUUAACAAAGCUUCUUGUAUAGUCAUGUUGGAGUUACAUCUUGUAACAAAGUAUUACAGUAUUUGGAGCUUUUUUGUUUUGUUCACUGCAUUGCCAUAUCCUAUUAUAUCUAAUUUAGAAUUUACAGCUAUGGUGGGGUGUGUGUGUUGCUGAAAUUUAUUUAUUUAACCUUUAAAUUGCUUUUCAUGUGGAGGAUGGCAACAUCUGAAUCAGAUAUGGAAUAAACUGGGGGUGGAGACAAUACCAAAGACUGUUUGUACAUAUAAUAUAAAUCCAAUAGAUUGCAGUGUGCCUUCUUACAAUAAAAGAUUGGUAUCAUGACUUGAGUCCAAAACUGUGUGUUUCUAGCUGACCUGGGAUUUGUAAUAUAAAAAAGAAAACGUUGAACUUCUGUUGCUCAUUUGCAGACGGAUGACUCGUACAACUGCUAACAUUAGUCCUUAACCCUUUUACUAAUUAUAUGUAUUUUUAU